AGUCGACGACGAAGAGACUCGUACGUACGUACGACCAACUCAAAUUCAAACAGUGACUAUUCCCGGAUUCAAUUUCCACUAUUCACUACCAAUUCUGGGGGUAAUAAUCAGGGGAGAAUUAUCAAUCUUGUGAAAGGGUGGAGCAUCUGGGUGAGGGUGAAUAGGACGCCAACGCGUGAAACGUGGGUCAAACGAUAGUCAUUAAACCCUCAAGACUCUAUCGAAAUUAAAUUCCCUGCGACUAUCAAUAAGAGGUGACAAGUGAUUAUUUCACGGGCUAAUCAGAGGUGAAUUGGCUAUUGUUGUUUUCGGCGUGUCCUGGGGGUCUCUGAACCCUCCGAGGUGUUAACUCUGAUAACGAGAGAACCGGGCCAAUUCGAAUUGUUAUUCAUACUCGAAACGAUAACCCCGUUGUUACAGGCUGAACUAGCCAUUGAACAUUGUCAACUAUACCAGCGGGUCAUAUCAACGGGGGAAAGGGGGGAUUUUGUUGAAGAGGGGCGGGGAGGGAGGUGCGUGGACAGCUGGUACAGCCGGUUUUAGCGUACGUUUUCUCGUGUCCGGUCUCGUUCCAGCGUGACGGAUGAAAAGAGCGGGGAGCCAGAGACUUUCGUAUUCUCGGGGAAUUGAUAAAUUGAAUCAUGUAUAAACUACUCGGUGGACUCAGCCAGUACCUCAAAUGGCAGGACAUCAAGACCGAUUCCAUGGUAUUUCGCAUGCACAAUACAUUUACCACGGUAUUGUUGCUCACGUGCUCCGUUGUUAUCACCGCUACUCAGUAUGUGGGUAAUCCUAUAUCCUGUAUAGUACAGGGAUUGCCGAAUCAUGUCAUCAAUACGUACUGUUGGAUCACGUCCACCUUCACUAUGCCGGAUGCUUUUAAUAGACAGGUCGGUUCAGAGGUGGCGCAUCCCGGGGUGGCGAAUGAUUUCGGUGACGAUGAGGCGCGAAAAUACUACACUUACUAUCAGUGGGUCUGCUUCGUCCUCUUUUUCCAGGCAAUGUUCUGCUAUCUGCCCCAGUGGUUGUGGAACAUCUGGGAAGGGGGACUAGCAAGCACUCUGGUGAUGGGACUAAACCAUGGCCUGGAGAGUCAGGAGUCGAUAUCGACGAAGAAGGGCGUCCUGAUGGACUACCUAGUGACUCACAUCAAGCGUCACAACAUGUACGUGUAUCGGUACUUUGCAUGUGAAGCCUUGUGCCUGGUCAACAUAAUCGUCCAAUUAUACCUGAUGAAUCGUUUCUUCGACGGUGAAUUCCUGAGCUAUGGUUGGCGAGUCCUGCAAUUCGCCGACACUCCACAGGAGGAGAGAAUGGACCCAAUGGUCUACGUCUUUCCAAGAGUGACAAAAUGCAUAUUCCAUAAAUACGGAGCAUCGGGGACGAUCCAGCAGCACGAUUCUCUCUGUAUUUUACCCCUGAAUAUCGUCAACGAGAAGACCUACAUCUUCAUCUGGUUCUGGUUCGUUAUUCUCUCGAUGCUCCUGGUGGGUCUGAUGCUUUACAGAGCUGCAAUAAUCUUCGCACCAGCAGUGAGACCCAGACUUCUUCAACUUUCAACGGCCAGGAGACUCUCCAUCGACACCUGCAGAAACAUCACCAAGAAAAUCGACCUCGGGGACUGGUGGAUCCUCUACGUUCUCUCCUCGAACAUGGAUUCUCUCGUCUACAGGGAUUUCCUCGAGGAACUCACCAAGAAAGUCGGUAGCACAUCGGCACCUGUCAAUCCGUAGGACCAUUCUCUAGAUUAUUCGAGUUUUUAUGGGAUCGAUUCCCUUUUUCCCCCUGAUUUUCCUCGAUUCUCCGAUUUCUACUUUUUGAUAUAGUAUAUUGAGGGGGACCAUCACUUUUUUAUGUUAUGAUCGAGGUAACUUUGUCAUUCCGAGCUGCUCAAUUCCAUAUUUUUAAUUAACGCACCCAGAAAAAUGAAGAAUUCUGUUUAAAUAUAUGGUUAUAUUUAACGCUAUUUACUUCAUUCAGAAUUAACAAAGUGAGAAGUGAGAUAAAUUGAAUUGAAUUUUUUUUUAAAUUAUUGAUUUAUCUCGAAAAUUAUGAAUUUAAUCGAGAAAAAUAAAAAAGGUCUCUGAAGAUUUUCUCCGCAAAUGAAAAAUUUAUGGGAUUCACUGGUGUUUAAAAAAAGUUGUAAAAGCAUUUUUCUGGGUGUAAUUCUCCCUUUUAUCGAAAGCGGAGGAGUUUUUACUAAAUGUCUGAGAUCUAAAAUUCUCUACCCCUUUUAGAUUAAAAGAUAUUUAUGAAAAGUUGAAUUUAUUAUGGGAAUAAUUAAGCCAUUCCUUCGGAACUUUAUUAACAUUUACCCAAGUCUCUGCUCUUCCGGGUGGAGACAGACUGAUAACGUGAGAUUUUCAGUGAAAUGGAAUAAUCAUGAGAAAGCAGUGACAAACAAAAAUGAUAUUCUACAUUAAAUCUGAUAGUAACUGUCGAAAAUUCUGUGCGAUGAUCGUAUUAAGGAUGUUUACACAAAAUCGCAACUUAUUUUUUAUAAAUCACUUUAAAAAAAAUGAGAAAUACACUGGUCGGGCCUAUAUGGAUAAGAAAAUAAUCGAGAAAAUGACGUUCAUCAUUUGAAAUGAAUAUUGCAAAUCUAUUCCUAAUCCCCUAAGAUCUGAUGAAAAAGACGAAUUUGCUUAUUAAUUUAAGAAAUUAAAGAAAUGAUUGAACAUCCUUAACAUAUUAAAUACCCGGAUUUUUAACUGCCCAUUGUGAUAGGACGAUGCGUUUAUAUUUCAUUAGGAUUAGGAGCCAAUGGUAUCGAAUGGCACAUGAAACAUUUUACACCGCACAACAGCCACUGCCAUUGUUCCAACAAAUUUCUACGGACGAAGACAAUCAAAAGGUUGUGAGAUUGUUUACGAAUUUUAUUAUAAACCGAUGGAUACUGUUGAUAAGAUAAUUAAACAUAAUUUUUUAAACCUUUGGGUCCACAGAAGCUGUAAUUUAAUGCUUCAAAUAGGUAAUUCAGAAACACCGAGAGUGAUAUAGUAAAGAAUAUAAUGUAAUGUUUCAAUACUGUGGAGAACGAAUUAAAUGGUGAAAUCAGAUUGGAA